AGAAAUUCUUAAGAAAUUGAGGCCGAAUAUCAAUGGAUUUUAGAGGAAUAUGGGUUAUUUUUCUAUUUUUCUAUUGUUUAAAAGUAUUUUCAAUGAUUUUGAGAGAAAAUCAGGAAAAAAUAGAGCAAAAAACAGGAUAUACUAGUAAUUGGGCAGUACUUGUUUCAACGUCUAGAUUUUGGUAUAAUUAUAGACACAUGGCAAAUACAUUAGGAAUGUAUCGUACAAUUAAACGACUUGGAAUUCCCGAUUCACAAAUUAUAUUGAUGUUAUCAGAUGAUGUUGCAUGUAAUUCUCGUAAUGUAUUUCCUGGGAGUGUGUUUCAUAACUCGGACCAUGCUUUGGAUCUAUAUGGAGAUGAUAUUGAAGUGGAUUAUCGUGGUUAUGAAGUAACAGUGGAAAAUUUUAUUAGAUUAUUAACAGGUAUUAUUGAUGUUUGUGUAUUUUUUGUUAAAAAGGAAAAUGGAGGUUAAUGGUUUAGGGAGAGUUCUUCCUGAUACGCCUAGAUCGAAACAACUUUUAACAGAUGAUCGAUCGAAUAUUUUUGUAUAUAUGACGGGACAUGGAGGUGAUAAUUUUUUGAAAUUUCAAGAUUUUGAAGAAAUUUGUUCUCAUGAUAUUGCGAAUGCAUUUGGACAAAUGUGGGAAAAGAGACGGUAUCAUGAAAUUUUAUUUAUGAUAGAUACAUGUCAAGCAAAUACAAUGUUUUCAAAGUUUUAUUCUCCGAAUAUUCUUGCAAUUGGAUCUUCAGAAUUAAAUGAAUCAUCUUAUUCGCACCAUUCUGAUAAAGAUAUUGGGGUAUCUGUUAUUGAUAGAUUUACUUAUUAUACUUUGGAUUUUUUAGAAAAAGUGAAUAUUACUUCGAAAUAUACAUUUAAGGAUUUGUUUGAUUCAUAUGAUAAAGAUCUUGUGCAAUCUACACCUGGCAUUAAAACUGACCUUUUUAGUCGAAAAAUUGAUAAUGUUAAAAUAAUUGAUUUUUUUGGAAAUAUAAGAAAGGUAGAAAUUAGCCAGGAAGAUCAAAAAUUAAAAUUAGGAGAAUCAUUAAUUGAUACAGCUAAUCCAUAUAAUUUUUUAGAGACUAAAUCAAACUUUACUUCAGAUUCAAACUUAAAAAAAUCAAACAUGUACUUUUCUGAAUUGCAGAAAGCAACUCGUUUACAAUCAUCAAAAAGAGUAAUAAAACUUAAAGUUAUAGGCAUUACAAUUUUUUAUAUUAGCAUUUUGAUUUUAAUAUGUAAAUUUUAA